AAUGAAGAUCUAGAUUAUGAAGAGAAAGUCAGCAUUGUGUUGGACAUUUUGUUUGGAGGGUUUGAAACAAGCGCUACUCUUCUUUCCUUAGUCGUUUAUUUUCUUGCAAAAUCCCCAAAUCUACUUAACGAACUCAAGGAAGAACAUGAAUCCAUUAGAGCCAAGAAAGGAGAAGGAGAACUUUUGAAUUGGAAAGAUUAUCAGAAGAUGGAAUUCACUCAAUGUCUGAUGUUUGAGGCGCUACGAUGUGAAUACGUGAUUCCAAAGGGAUGCAAGGUUCCUAUCUUCACAGCAGUACAUCUUGAUCCAUCUCUUCAUGAAAAUCCUUUUGAAUUUAAUCCCAUGAGAUGGACCGAUAAGGCGAAGAUGAACAAGAAAACGAUGGCGUUUGGAGGAGGAGUAAGAAUAUGUCCUGGUGGUGAAAUUGGCAAACUCCAAACUGCUUUCUUCCUUCAUCAUCUUGUCCUCUCUUAUAGGUGGAAAAUAAAGGCUGAUGAAAUGCCAAUAUCGCAUCCUUACGUGGAGUUUAAGAGAGGCAUGCUUUUGGAGGACGAGCCAAUUAAAAUAAGUUAA